AUGUUCAGAUUAAUCGCUUCUAACUCCCAAGGUGGUCUUAGACCUGCUCUCCUUCGAAAGGUCAGAAGCAAUACCAGCACUUUAAAGUUACCUGGAGCUAAUGUCGAUCUUGAUUUGAAUCCCAUCCAGUUCCGCACGAAUGCCACUUCUGCACAAGCUGCCCCCGCCUCAUCUGCUACACCUUUAGGGAAAGUCGACAGAUACUUCAGCAAAACUCUGGUUGAUCCGUUGCUCAAAGAUGCUAUGUCAAGCACAGGUAGCCUGGCAAAACUUAACCGGUUUGAAGAGUUACUCGUAACUGCUAACCAAGUGAACCCUAAAAACAGCAACCAGCUGCACAAACAGUAUUUCGAGACAAUCAACUAUUUGUUUACCAUGUUUCGUGAUGAUGCAGUCAAGGAUAAUGUCACGCGGAGAAACAUUUUCCAAUAUGCCAACCUUCUCAACAAUUCUGUCUACCAGAACAGAACUUCCCGCUUAUCUGGAUCUAGAAACAGAGAUAGCGACCAGUACCAGAGUAACACAUUGAAUAAUGACGUGAUGUUGAAGACUGCUAUUUUAGAUUUGGCUGAGAAUAUUGCCAACGGCCAAUUCAAAAAUAUUUUGGAUUCCAACACUUUGAGAGUUUUGCUUCUCGCUAUGUUUCAGUUCAAGGUGUAUCCGGAAAUGAUAAGCUUGUGGGAGUCAGGUGUUAAUGAUGAAACAGUCAGCAAAGUCUACUUGAGCCAGAACAUUUUGUCUGUUAUUUUGCCUGUUGCUUUCGACGAAAACAGAUUCACGUAUGAACAAAUCUUGCAGAUUUACGAGUUGAACACCAAAGACGCUUCUAAUGUCAACUUUGAGCUUGUGGGAACAAUUGGAAAAAUCGCUAUUAAGGCUGGCGACUACUCGAGGGGCUUAGAUUCUUUGGAGAGUCUUUUGCAAAUUUACGAACUGAAUGGCAAGGCCAACAAGAGAAUGAUCUUAAGAUCCUUGAGCGAAUUGCACUUGAGUUUCAUCGGUUCCUGCAAGGACAUAAGAAUUGCUAAGCACUUUUUUGAUAAGGUUGUUGAUGGUGAUUUGCCUUAUCAAGUAUUGCUCAAGGCUCCACAUGUUCAAUCAUUGUUUGAAAACUGUGUGGAAGUCAACGAAUCUUUUGACUCAAUUUUGUACUUUUGGAAGGUUACUGUGGAACACUAUACUGGAGAGAAUAAUGAUAAGACCAAUUUGAACUCGCGUUAUGCUAUCUUGAACAAUUCGUUUUUCUCGAUUUUCUUCAAGUUGUUCCCAUCAUUGACAGAAGAAUCCUACAUCAAGUUGAAGGAAGUAAUUGCUAUUUAUGCCAACAUCAAACCUGUGGAUGAGUUUUUCCUUAAUACUGUCAUCAGUAACUACAGCUGGAAUGACAAGGUCGUGUUUGAGCAGUUGGUUGAGAACUAUUCUAUCCAUAAUGUUUCUCGGACUCCCGUUUCGUACCGUGUUUGCUUGAAGAAGAUUGGUGACAUUAAGGAAUACAGUGAGAGCGAAAUUUUGAAUCAAUGGAACGAAUCUCUUGCUCAUUUAGACAGCAAUGGUUAUAAAUAUAUCCCAAUUGCCGAUUGGGCUGCUUUACGUGAUGCAACAAUCUUGUCGUCUCACAGAGCUGAACGGGAGGAGUUUUAUUUGAAAGUUUUAGACGCUUACAAGAACUAUCAUCAAGAUGAAAGAGCAUGUUUAAGGUUUGUCAAGUAUUGGUUGAACCGGGAUGACCAGGUUAAAAAAGUUGCAAUUGUUUCUCUCCAAGAACACCCAGAGUUUAACUGCUCGCUAGACAUCGAAGUUCCACAAUUCAAAAAUUUGAGGGAGAAUGUUAACUAUAAAAAGGUGACCGCUCCAAUGUUCAAGCAACGUUAA